AUGUUCUCACACGGCAACAAUAUCAGGGUUGGUGGUCCGUCGAAUCAUCAAAAAUCGUACCCGUCGUCGUUUCAAGAACACGAUGCGCUCUUUGGUUCCUACGAACACCUUCAGGACUGUCCCCAGCCCGAAGACGCUCUUCUACGGCUGCGAAAGAUAGCUUCUCUCGUUAAGCCUCUGAUGAGAAAGCGCUCUUGGAAGGUCAAAGUUCUAAGUGAAUUUCUACCUGACGAUGAGCGUCUGCUGGGUUUAAACAUCAACAAGACGCAUAGGAUCUGCGUACGUCUACGAUACACGCACAACCCCGGCACCUUCCUUCCAAUCGAACAAUGCGUCGAUACGCUUCUGCACGAGCUCUCUCAUAUUGUCUUUGGUGACCACGAUUCGAACUUCCAUGCUCUCUGGGACAAGCUGAGAGACGACCACGAAACGCUCCUGCUCAGAGGCUACACCGGCGAGGGCUUCUUGACUGGUGGCAAGAAGCUCGGUGGUGGUCCCGUGCCUCCACAACAUGAGAUGAGGCGUCUGGCGCGUGCUAAUGCAGAGCAGCGUCGUGUGCUUCAAAAGGGUUCUGGAAGGACAGUCGGAGGAAAGCGAGUAACCCCAGGGGUAGAUCUUCGCAAAGUCCUGGCAGAUGCAGCAGACCGCAGAGCAACCGUUGAUCGCGGAUGUGCAUCUGGCACUGCUCAGGCCAACAAUCUGGCAGAACAGGCUGGCAGACACACCUUCAAAACCAAGGCAGAAGAAGACGAUGCCAACAAUCGCGCCAUCGCAGAGGCAUUGUUCGAUCUCAUCGAGGAGGAAGAAGCUCAGAAAAUGAAAGGCACUUUCAGUACACCUUCACCAAGCGGUGGUCUGACAUGGUCCAAAGAACAUGGACUCGCUACAACAGGACCUAACGUGUCUGAUUCCGAUUUGCCCAGGACUGAGGAAGAACAGACGAGGUGGGCACUGCAGGAGAGUCUGAAAGAUGGCCACUCUCGAAAGCGCCCUCUAUCCAUGGACGAUGAUGUUCAAGUCCUUACCAAGCCACCACUUCCAGCCAAACCACCACUUGGCUCAGUCUCCAGAAAUGACACACCAGUCAUCGACUUGACCGAGGACGACGAUGACGAAGUCUACGCCAAAAUCCCAGACACCCAUCAACCAGCUAACCCUGGCAGCUGGGCAUGUCAAGUGUGUACUUGCAUCAACUUACAGACGCAUUUAGCUUGUGAUGCUUGUGGAGUGGAGCGUCCAGCAUUCAAGACCCCAACCAUCAAACCCAGCACUGCUGGCCGCAGAAACGACACGCGUCCCACGCCAGCGUACGCAGAGAAGAAUCAGGCCAAGAAAGAAUCACCGGGAUGGAACUGUAGGGAAUGUGGCACCUUUAUGGAGCAUACCUGGUGGUGUUGUACAUUUUGUGGUCUGAUGAAGGAUCGCUCGUGA